UGUGACCGAACUGAACAAUAAACCUCGAUAUUCAGUCACAAGUAUGAGCGUGUUCGCCAAGAUUUAGAGGAGCGCUCCGUGAACUGGGAUUGAAGUUCGUCAUACAGACUUUCCGUUCGGAGGCGGCGCCGCCGCGUCACGUCAGACUCUCUGCUCUCGUUCUUUUUUUAAACACUUUUCUUCGUUUUAUAAACACUUUCCAGUGUCACCGCCGCCCGCUGUCUGGUGAAUACUGAGCGUUGACUGAGUUUCCUGCGCUGUGCUCAACUGUUAUGAUGGACCUGUUUCCCCUGCUGUUCCCUAUGCUGCUAACACUACAAAGUUCUGCCUUCCUGGAGCUCCAAGUUCCUGAGGUGCCCGUGGUUGCACUGUUCGGACAGGACGCCAUCCUGAACUGCUCCUUUGACCCCACCGGUGCAUUCAACCUGUCGGAUCUGAAUGUGUUCUGGCAGUUGACGGACACAAAGCGCACCGUGCACAGCUUCUGGGCGGACCGCGACCAGCUGGCAGAUCAGGCUGAGGGCUUCGCCAACCGCACCAGCCUGUUCCACACCCAGCUGAGUUCCGGGAACGCCUCGCUGCUCCUGCGUAACGUGCAGAUCUCGGAUGAUGGCAGCUUCACCUGCUUUGUUAGCUCAGGCACCUACAACAGUGCCUCCAUGCUGCUACAGGUAGCAGCUCCUUACUCCAAGCCUGUGGUAACCAUGGAGCCAAACUCAAACCUGCGUCCUGGUGACUACGUUUCCCUGAGCUGUGCAGCAUAUGGCGGCUUCCCCAUGGCUGAGGUGCUGUGGCAGGAUGCAGGAGGGCGCAACCUUACGGACAACGUGACCACAUCCCAGGUGGCCAAUGAGGAGGGCCUGUUCAGUGUGCGCAGCGUCCUACAGGUCAUGGUGGAGCCCCAAAGCACCUAUAUGUGUAGACUGAGCAACUCACUGCUGAGGGAGGAGGGCCAUGCCUCGGUUACCAUCUCAGGUCAGGGGGUGGCAUUCCCAACCGUGGCCCUGUGGGUGACAGUAGGCUUGGCUGUAUGUCUGUUGGCCCUUCUGGUGGCCCUGGCUCUCGUGUGUCGGAGGAAGAUCAAAGAGAGCUGCGAGGAAGAAAAGCAGCUGAAGAGGGGAAGCUUGAAGAGGACAACUCCAAGACAGCCAUGAUGCCUCUGAAGAGCUAAAGAGACUUGGGUGUAAUGUCGUGGGAUUUCUGCCGUCCCAAGUGAUGCUGUAAUAUGUCAUCUCUCCCUCCAAUAAUGCCUCCGAUGCUGGGCUGGGCUGGGUUGAGCAUGGAGAUGAAGUUGCAUUUUCCUUGAGAUUCCUCUCUUCUCACCUCAGCAAGAACAACUUAAAAUUUCACUGGAUUGAUGUAUGUUUCCAAGACCUGUUUGACCCUUUGUGAAUAAGGAAUCCUGUCCACAAGAAACAAGACAUGGCAAUCUUAUGUUGUUCUGGUUCUUGCAGUACUUUCUACUUAUCCUUUACUCACAGGUGGGUAAAACGGUAUAUUUUGUCAAUAUUUUUAUAAGGGAAUUUUAGAUUAACAAAAUCAAAUGGAGAUUUGGGGCAGCACAAUGUAGAUACUACUACUUUGAAGAAUUCAACAUAUUUCAAGAUUUGCUACAAAGUAAAGAAUCAGUGAGAUGCCUGUUAAUAUCUGUGUCCAAGAUGGGAUCUUCACCCCAAUUUACCAAAGAGUUGCCAAUUAUUAGCUGCCAGAGAAACAACUUGCAACCCGACAAUCUCCAUCUGCUCUGCUGUAACUUUUUAACCUAGGAAGUUCAAACCUGAAUGUCAAUUAAGCUUGAAAAUACUAAAAUUAAAUGUUCAAAGCCUUUAGUGAAAUAUUGGAAAGGAAAAAGGUUAGUGAAAAAGUUUAUAUGCCAUCAUUUACUGGAAAUGGAAAAUUUUUCUGUUUGAUAAAAGAUAAUGCAUUGCACACUCUUUCACAUCAGAGAAAAAAGUCCUGUUUGUCAUUGUGUUGUACAUGAAAACAGUUGGUGUGGAAAUUCAGUGUUAAUGGGCCAUCCAAGAAUUUAGGGGGAGGGGGGGAAUUAAAAGCCAAUAGAAAAAACAUUAACUAUUCUGUGGUUCCUCUCACUCACUUUCGAUAACUGUUCGUACCAUGCAGAGUCCGGUCAGGACCGGAGUUUGUCCCAUAAUCACUGAUCACAAGGUUAAUGGGAUGCACCCUGGAUGGGACGUUAGUCUAUUGCAGGAUAUCUAUUGUUUAUGUUUGUGCCAAAUUAGGACUUGAUGAAAUUAACCUUUCUCCAAUAAAAGUGAUACACAUUUCACCUCUAGCAUACUGAAAUGGGCUGCCUAUCUCCUAUUAAAAGCAACUCUGACUUUUCAGACAUUUAAUACUCCAAAGGGUUUGUUUCUAAGCCAAGACCAC